AAGUUAAAAAAAAUCCUGCUGUCAUGUUACAGGAAGCAAGACAGAUCAGUUUGAAAUGACGGGCAUGAAUGCCAUCAGGAGAGCCUGAGAAAGUGCCACUGGGUGGAUGAUCCAGAUCAUGACUCGACACCAUCUUUGUGCCUGCCUGAAAAAGCUUUUCCAAGAUGUCUUUGAAUUGCUACUGGGAAGUUAUGGCAAUCUGUGUGAUGACUUCUCCAAGCAUACUUUCUUUCCAGCAGGACCAGCCCAGAGUAUUACUAUUAUCUUUUGAUGGAUUUCGAUGGGAUUACAUUUAUAAAGUCCCAACACCUAACUUUCAUUAUAUCAUGAAGAAUGGGGUUCGUGUUAAACAGGUUACUAAUGUGUUUAUUACAAAAACGUAUCCUAAUCAUUAUACAAUGGUGACAGGUCUCUAUGCAGAGAGCCAUGGCAUAGUUGCUAAUGAAAUGUACGAUCCUGUCCUGAACAAAACUUUCUCCCUGAACAACAUGAACAUCUAUAAUUCAAAAUUCUGGGAAGAGGCCUGUCCAAUAUGGGUCACCAACCAAAUGGAAGGACAUAGAACUGGAGCAGCUAUGUGGCCUGGAACAGAUGUAAAAAUACAUGGAGUCUUUCCUACACACUAUCUGUUUUACAAUGAGUCUGUUUCAUUUGAAGAUCGAGUUGCCAAACUUAUUGAUUGGUUUAUCUCCGAAGAACCCAUCAAUUUUGGUCUUCUAUACUGGGAGCAGCCUGAUGCAAUGGGGCAUGUUUUGGGCCCAGAAAAUCCACUUAUGGGUGCAGUCAUUAGUGAGAUUGAUGGCAAGCUGGGAUACCUUGUAUCAGAGCUGAAGAAAGCAAAGUUGUGGGACACACUGAAUAUCAUAAUAACAAGUGACCACGGAAUGGCACAAUCCUCUUCAGAAAGGCUCAUAGAGCUUGAUCAGUACGUGGCUAGAGAGCUGUAUACAAUGGUUGACCAUUCUCCUGUGGUAGCCAUUUUGCCAAAAGAAGGGAAACUUGAUGAAGUGUAUGAAGCCUUGGUCAAUGCUCAUCCCAACAUGACUGUUUAUAAAAAGGAGGAGAUUCCAAGUAGAUUACAUUACAGAUAUAACAGUAAAAUUCAACCAAUCUUAGCAAUGGCUGACGAAGGAUGGGAAAUCUUACAAAACAAGUCUGAUCAACUUUCCCUGGGUAAUCAUGGAUAUGACAACAUCCUACCAGAAAUGCACCCAAUCUUCUUGGCCUAUGGUCCUGCCUUUAGAAAGAAUACCACCAAAGAAGCCAUGAGUCUCACAGAUCUGUAUCCCUUGUUGUGCCAUCUGCUUGGCAUCAGUCCAUUGCCAAACAACGGGUCAUUCAGCAAUGUGGAAGAUCUGCUGCUUAGGGAAGUUCCAAGAGACCCACAUCCUAAAUUUUAUGAACAGGAGUCCUAUGCUUAUUUUAUAGGAGUUUUUCUUGGUAGCACUCUUGUUGUUGUUUUUCUUCUAGUUUUUACUAAACACUUAACCCACCGCCAACUUCCUAGCAUGCAGGUGCAACACACUGAAAUUUCCCAGCCAUUACUACAAGGCUAAUAUUACUUUCCAAUGACGGCAUUUCAAGAAAAACUGUGAAAAGUUAUUCUAGCUAUUUUGAACUUAAAAGUUUUCAGAGAUUAAGUAAAUGGAUCUGCAAAAAUAAAUACAUGCAACGUAAAGUGAGUGCUGAUCCAUUGGUGCACUGGAUAAAUGUGUAACAUAUGCAUGUUUUUGUUGCACCAUAUAACCACUUAAUUUUUCACGGGUUGAAAACCCUUCUGGAUAACACUGGAAGGAUAUGUAUGUAGAUAUUUAGUAACCUUAAACCCUUGGAUAUUUCAUCCUGAACUAAUAUAGGUAAAUUAAAAUCAUUUUAAAUUCACUGAA